CCGCCGCCGCCAAAUUACGAAGGGCAAGGAGGAGAUUGUCACGAGGACAAGGAGAUGAGGUUACAACAAGGUCACCAUGGAGAAUUAAGCAGCAGAUUACCGGAUGAUGAUCUGGAAAAUAUGUUCUCUUCGUUAACGACUGACGACAUCCUCUCUCAAGGAGCUUCAGGAGAAUGUCGCGAGGACAAGAAGAGGAGAUUACAUGAAGGAAACACUCGAGAUUUAACUAGCAGACACGCCGAUGAAGAUCUGGAAUACAUCUUCUCGUCGUUAACGAUUGACAGCAUCCUCUCUCAAGGAACUUCAGGAGAUUUUUGCAAGAAUAGGAAGAGGAAAUCAUGCCAAGAACCCGCUGGAUAUUUAAUUAACAGAUCGCCGGAUGAUAUUUUGGAUAACUUGUUCUCAGCGCUUGCGAUCCAAGAUGCCACCUUUGCUAGUUCUGCUUCUAGACGGACGGGGGAACAGAGCACUGUUCUUGUUUUUGGUUACAAUACUUUUUCUGAGGAAAGUUCAGGUUGCACCACUUCCAUUGAGUGCAACCAUCCUGCAGACUCUAGAAGUUUGAGAUCAGACGAGUUCAUUGAUAGAGUAAAUGACCAGUUGCUGCGCCAUGACGGAACUGGUGUUCAUGUUUUUGAGGUUCAUUUUGAUCUGAACUCCACCCAUGCUUCCCACCUUGACAAAUGGGUCCAGUUUGCAUUGAAGUCAGAUGCACAAUGUGUGAAGCUUCACUUGUGUAAAAAUGCAACACCUUGUUCUAUGCAUUCUGUGACUGAAAGUCGUUAUAACUUCCCUUUGCAUUGUUUCGGCGAUGGACAAGCAUCCUCUUUGCGGAAGCUAUCCCUGACGAACUGCAUACUCGGACCAUCGAUGCAUUCCAUUAGCUUUUCCUCUCUCGUAAGCCUUUAUCUAACGUGUGUCACAGUAACUGAUUCUGAUAUCCAAAACAUUUUCUCUUGCUGCCAUGUUCUCCGCUCUUUGAGACUGGGAAGGUGCCAUGAUUUGGUUAAUAUAAGGAUUUCCAUCGAAACACUGUUACAUUUGGAUAUAUAUCAGUGCAAGAAGUUGGUGAGUAUUGAGAUCAAUUCCACCAGUCUACUAUUCUUUGAGUAUGCUGGACACGAGGUACGCAUCAAAUAUGCGAGUACUCCCAAUAUGAGGACAAUAGUAACAAAGUUCUGGAACCGAAAUUGUUCUCUUUCGGAGCAUUUAAAUGACAUAAAAAUGAUCAGGAAAGUCACCUUGACAUUUCUUUCACCAUGUGAGGAGCACAGUUUCAUUCUAUACACGAAGAAAUUCGCUUUAUUAAAGUUUGUCAACUUGCUUAUUCUGCCAUCUUGGGAUAAUGUUCUUGCAGUAGCUUAUCUCCUUGAAGCAACUCCUUAUCUUAGAAGACUCCGUCUAGAAGCACGCAGCGGACAACACCAUUAUGUGGAGAAUGGCCAAGUUAGUUUGCCCGUGGAUUUCUAUCUUAAGAAGCUCCGCGGAAUUUUUGUAGGAGGUUUCGCUGCGCAAGCCCCGCUGAUUGAGCUUUUGGCGUGCCUGGUGCGUGCAGCCCCUGGUUUGCUGCUUCUCAAGAUCGACCCACAUCACCAUCUUUGUAAAGCAAUGGGUAAAUGGGCCAGGGACGAUGUUGGUGAUGAGGCGGCGAGGGAUCACGCGCGGAACGCUGCAAGGGAGACCAUCGGCCCUAAACUCCCACCCUCUGUGAAGCUCAUCAUCGAAUGAUUCGAGUAAAGUGGUGUGUUAGGAUCUCAUGAUUGGGAGAAGGGCCUGCAGGCGUUUUCAUUUCAUUUUGUUGGCCUGGCUAGUGUCAUGUGCCGGUGAUGGGUGGAUUUAUUUUGAGGGAUCAUCAGUGUAGAUUGCAUGCCAUAUUGUAGGCUUAGAAAGCUCUGCUUGUUUCAGAAUGGACGAAGUGAGGAGAAACUGAACUGGACUGAAA